AUUUUUUUUUCUUUCUUUUGCUUCUUUAACAGACUAAACAGUGGAUGUUUUUCUGUGCAGGCAGUCAGUCAGAUAGGGUCGAGUGUCUCUCCUCCCCGGCUCACCGCGGCUACCUGGCGACAAGAUUUGGAUUAAGACUAAUGAACUGGGGGGUAAAUAAUCUCCACGGGAGCGUUUGACGGGGCGAAAACUGACUCAUUGUCUUGCUGUGGGAUUUUUUUUUUCUCAACACCUCUCGGCUGAAGACGAUGUCUGUCCGGGGAUACUUUGUCGCCUUCUCCAAAUGCACAGUUCUUCUCUCUCUGAGGAUUUUGCUUCUUGUGCCUGCAGGGUUGCCAGUCCGAAGCCAAGGGGAUUCUCAGUCCGACAACAAAGUGAUGGACAAUAUCACCGUCCGGCAAGGAGAGACGGUCUUUCUCAGGUGCGCACAGGGGGACGUUGUUACACACACAGCAUGGCUAAACCGGUCGAGUAUACUAUAUGCCGGAGAAGACAAAUGGUCGGUGGACCCCAGAGUGAGUCUGGUGACCCUUAAUCAAGAGGAGUUUACCAUCAAGAUUGAAAACGUGGACAUGACAGAUGAGGGCCAGUAUGUGUGCGCAGUUCAGACGAGCAGACGACCGAGAACCACCUCAGUGCACAUCCUCGUCCAAGUACCACCAAAAAUCAUCAACCUCUCAAGAGAUAUCAUGGUGAAUGAAGGCUCCAACGUCACCCUCAUGUGUCAAGCCAGUGGUAAACCAGAGCCGUCCAUCAGCUGGAAGCUCAUCUCCUCCUCAGGCGACCUGGCGUCAGACGAUGAGUACCUGGAAAUCCCAUCCAUCUCCAGACAGAGAGCGGGGACGUAUGAAUGCACAGCUGUCAAUGAUAUUGACACAGAUGUCCAGACUGUAGACAUCACUGUUAACUAUGCUCCAACUGUGUCAGAGGGCAGAGAUGUUGGAGUGACUCUGGGCCAAAGAGGAGUGCUGGAGUGUGAGGCUGAUGCAGUGCCUGAGGCAGAUUUUGAGUGGUAUAAAGAUGACAGAAGGAUCUUCAAUGGCUUUGAUGGCAUGGAAAUUGUGAACACUGGAUCGCUGUCCAAGUUGACGUUUUUCAACGUGUCUGACGGAGAUUACGGCAACUAUACUUGUGUCGCCAUCAACAAACUUGGGAGCUCAAACACAAGCUUCCUUCUGUAUGUGGUAAUUGAACCCACUAGCUCAACGCUAUUGCAAGGACCGAGAGCAGUUCAAGACGGCAGCGGCGGUGCAAUGGGAGUGCACUCACACACCUGCCUCCUCUUCAUGGUGAUCCUGCCGUUCCUGCUCAGAUUUUGAAGAGGAAUGGGUGUGAACACAAGUAUUGCGUGUGUGAGCGUGUGUGCGUGUGUGGGUGUGUGAGUUGGGGUGUUUUUUUUUUUUUCUUUUUUUCAACUGGAACCAUAAACUGAUGCACCGUGAGUGCAUGAAGUAUCCUGCUACAUAAUGAUGUUGACCCACUAAAUAAGUACGUAACAAAAGUUUGUGUUUUUCAGAAUUUAAGGAUGUAACAAAUGUUUCACAUUUUAGUUGUAUUAUGUUGGAAAUUUUCUCUCUAAAUUAUAUUAUUCUGGAUUAUCUCUUUUUACAUAUAUGUCUCCGAUAAGAAAAAAAAAGAUUUUUUAAUUGUGGUGUCUCUUAUUCAAAUGGAUUUUGUCUUAGUUUUUAACUGCAUUGCAUAUUCAUCUCAACUCCAGGAAAAGGCAAAUUUACAGCAAGUAUGGGAGGUGAAUGUUAAAUACCUCAAAGUCAAACUGAGACACUGAAGCAGAAGGAAUUUAGG